AUGCCCGACUGCAUUCACACACAAACCGCUCUUGGACCCCAAGGACUAUAUGCAGGUUCCUCUUCAUCCGGAGAGCAGGAACUACCGGUCUUCACCACUCACACUGGACUGUAUCGCUACAAGCGCAUGGUUUUGGACCUGAGCUCAGCACCAAGUUGCUUUCAGAAGAUCAUGACCAACAUCAUCGCCGGCUGCCCUGGUGUUGUGGUCUACCUAGAUGACAUUGUGGUGCAUGGGUACCAACAUCAACGCUCAGACAGAGGAGACCCAGGAAACGGCCCUGCCAGGGCCAACAUCAAACUGGUCAGCUCAACACUUCUCAUAGAGGGACACCUGGAGCUGGUCAAAUAUCUGCUGGCUGCAGACGUGGCUGACGUGCUUCUGCAGACAGGGGCUGACCUGGAGAAAGGGUUGGACGGGGCAGUGCAUUUCCUCAAAAUCAAGGUAUUCCCUGACAGUUGGAAGAUGGACCUGAGCGAGAUCUUAGAAUCGUCCAGCAGUGACGAGGAGGACAAGGAAGGAAAGGAGAGCGGAGAGGAGAAAGAGGUGCUAAGGGUGAGGCUGAGCCCACUACAGGUUAACGCCCUUGCUGCAGAGCGCAUUGUGGAAGAGACUGAGAGCAAGCUGAAUGAGUUGAGCCAAUGGAUCUCAGCCAUAGAGAAGGCAGAGCUGCAGCAGAAAAAAAUCCUCAAGGAGCAGUUAACCAAAGUGUACAUGAAGGUCAAAGGCCUGAAGGAUGACCCAGACCAGCAGUAUUCCCCUUGGUCCCCGUCUCGACACUUCGAUGAAGGCAGACGCCACCCUGUCCCCCCAGCUAGGAACAUGAAGGGCUUAUCGGGCGGUCGCUCCCAGCACCAGAUCCUCUCGCCCCACGGGCUGGACCAGUUCGACUACCCCCAAGACAUCCAUGGCAUGGGCCACCAUGGUGGCGCCUCCGACUCACGCCACACCUCCUACCUGCUCAGCCCCACUGAGAUCUGCCCCAUGGACUACCAUCACCGCUACUCACCGCGCAGCUCCAUUCACUCAGACUGCAUGAUGAUGUCCCCCGUCAUGAUGGCGCCCUCGUCAGUCGGCGUUGGCCCCAUCGACCACGUUUCUAGCAGCACCUUCCCCAGAAUGCACUACAGCACCCAGUACUAUGACUCAGCCACGCGGGACGACUGCGCCGCCAUCACUGCCUCCGCCACCUCCCAUGCUGCUGCUGCUGCCACUGCCGCUUCCGUCUUGCAGUACCAGGGCAGCGGCAAGAGCAACCGCAUCCCGGCCAACCUGCUGGACCAGUUUGAGAAGCAGCUGCCGCUGCAUCACGACGGCUUCCACACGCUGCAGUACCAGAGAGCGUCCACCACCACCACCACGGAGCAGCGCAGCGAGAGCCCCGGACGCAUCCGCCACCUGGUCCACUCUGUCCAGAAGCUUUUCACCAAGUCCCAUUCCCUGGAGGGAUCGUCCAAGAUGAACGGCACCAAGGGUGAAGGAGGAGGAGGGGGACACCACGGAGGCUCCCAACACGGCCACCACGGAGGCUCCAAGCACGGCAGCAAGCGGAGCAAGAGCAAAGAGCGCAAGGCGCACCGCUCGGGGGGCGCGGGCGGCUUCUGGAGCUCUGACGACAACCUGGACAGCGACAGCACCUACCGCACGCCCAGCGUCAUGAGCCGUCACCACGGUGACUACGCCCAUGCCGCCCACUGCUACCCGGACUCCAUGCAUCACAGUCACUUUGGGGACAUGUCCCUCAAGACCUCGAAGAGCAACAACGACGUCAAGUGCUCGGCGUGCGAGAGCAUGGCCACGGCUCCGGAGGGGAAGUUUAUGAAGAGAAGUUCCUGGUCUACGCUGACUGUCAGCCAGGCCAAGGAAGCUUACAGGAAGUCCUCCCUUAACCUGGAGAAACCCAUGAUGCACACAGACCUCAAGCCCUCACUACGGGCCUGUCACUAUCUGCAGGUGCCUCAGGAUGAGUGGAGUGGAUACCCGGAGGACGGAGACAAGGACGAGGAGAUCCCAUGUCGGCGGAUGCGCAGCAGCAGCUACGUCAAAGCCAUGGGAGAGGUAGACAAUGACUCUGGUGGCGAAUCUGAUGGCAGCCCCAAGUCCUCACCCCAGAAGGCCAUCCGACCCGAUGCCCUCGUCCUCAAAUCAGUUAUGCAGAGGCCCCACAUAGACCCCCAAAGCCAGAGCUACCACUUGCAAACCACCCGAGACAUGAUGCGGCCCCAUCCCAGUGUCACCCUGGACCCAGCCUUCAAUUACCCCCAACACCAUGUACCCCUGGGGCCUCAGUUCCGCUCCCGGAACCAGAGCUACAUGCGGGCGGUCAGCACCCUCAGUCAGGCCAGCUGCGUCAGCCAGGUGAGUGAGACUGAGGUCAAUGGCCAGUUUGAGUCAGUUUGCGAGUCCGUUUUUAGCGAAGUAGAAUCCCAGGCCAUGGAGGCUUUGGACCUGCCUGGCUCGUUCCGCACUCGAAGCCACAGUUACCUGCGUGCAAUUCAGGCUGGGUAUUCCCAAGACGACGACUGCUUGCCUUCAAUGACAUCCUCCACUGUCACUUCAACUCUCAGAUCCACAACAGUGGUAACGCACAUGCCUAGCUAUAUGUCGAAGACGCCCCCGCCGGCACCACCUCGCGCCACCUCCAAGCCCCUCAUCUCGGUGACGGCCCAGAGCAGCACAGACUCCACUCAGGACGCCUACCACGAGGGGAGGGACCCGCGGGGGAGUGUACUGUGGGCGCCGGACGGUCUGGGCGGCUCGGGUCGAACCCUCUACAACUCCACCGACAGCCUGGACAGCGCCAACGUGGUGACGCUGGCCAUGGAGACGGCAGGGAGCAAGCGGUACGCCUCCUCGGGCAGCCACAGCUCGGUGCAGACGUGUGACAAGGCGGUGUUGGUGUCCAAGGCUGAGGAAUACCUCAAAACGCCACGUUCCUCCAUAGGGAUACAGGUGGAGACGGCGACUGACUCGGAGUCGGAGGGUAAAGGUCUUCCUCAGUACCAUUCUGUUGGCACCCAGGUGGAGGAUAACAAACGGCAUGGCAGGUUCAAGCGCUCCAACAGCGUGACGACAGCCGUACAAGCUGACAUGGAACUAGAGGGCUUCCCCACCAUGGAGGACAAGGGACUGCAGUUCGGAGGGGGCUUGGGUUUCCGAGGGGGCCACUCGGAGCCCAGUACACCCACCCAGUACGGGGCCGUCCGCACUGUCCGCACCCAGGGCCUCUUCAGCUACCGGGAGGACUACCAGCGUUCCUCCAGUGGUCCUCCCAGUCCGCAGCCCGAGUCGUGGCUGACAGAGCCCUCUCUGGAGGGGCCUGAGACGGGCCGGGUGUCCCCCCUCCGCAGGGAUGGCAGCUGGUUCAUGCAGCUCCUCCAUAAUGAAACUAAGAGGAUGGAGGGAUGGUGUAAAGACAUGGAGAGAGAGGCGGAGGAGCAUGACCUGUUGGAGGAGAUCCUAGGGAAAAUCCGGAGUGCGGUGGGCAGUGCACAACUCCUCAUGUCUCAAAAAUUCCAGCAGUUCUACUGGCUGUGUCAACAGAACCUGGACCCCAGCGCCAUGCCCCGCCCCACCUCUCAGGACCUGGCCGGAUUCUGGGACUUGCUGCAGCUCUCAAUCGAUGACGUCACUGCCAAAUUUAAUGAACUGCAGCAGAUCAAGAGCAAUGAGUGGAGGCUCGUGGAGAGCCCAGAGAAGAAGACGCCAUUACAGGAGAGGAAGUGGCCUCCCCCGCUGCCAAAGAGACCUCCGAAGGGGCGUGGCGGCGUGGUGCGGGAGCGCUCUCUGGAUCUGCAGGACCGCCAGCGUCAGGAGGCCCGGCGUCGUCUUCUGGCUGCCAAGCGGGCGGCUUCCUUCAGACAGAACUCAGCCACGGAGCGGGCGGACAGCAUCGAGAUCUACAUCCCCGAGGCCCAGACCCGUCUUUGA